CAUAAGAGUUCCAUUUGCUAUUUGCUAAGCUUACUACUUGUCUACAUUCAUCUGUGUGAAAGGCUAUAGUAAUCGAAGAUGCAUCUAAGGGUUGUACUUUGCUUCUUCUCCUUGCUUAUCGCCGGAUUAGCCACCACCGGCGCAGCACGUACAACCUUUGGCAGCACAAGUGACCGGAGGAGGAGCCUUUUGGAUAAUGGACUUGGCCGGACUCCCCAAAUGGGGUGGAAUAGUUGGAAUCACUUUGCUUGUAACAUCGAAGAAAAGUUAAUCAGGGAAACAGCGGAUGCAAUGGUGUCAACUGGACUUGCUGCUGCAGGAUACCAAUAUGUUAAUAUAGAUGACUGUUGGGCUGAACUCAAUAGAGAUUCAAAGGGGAAUUUCGUUCCUAAAAGAGAUACAUUUCCAUCUGGAAUCAAAGCUUUAGCUGAUUAUGUUCAUAGCAAAGGAUUAAAGCUUGGAAUUUACUCUGAUGCCGGAUCUCUAACAUGCAGCAAGCAAAUGCCUGGAUCAUUAGGCCACGAAGAACAGGAUGCGAAAACCUUCGCCUCAUGGGGUAUCGAUUACUUAAAAUAUGAUAACUGUAACAAUCAAGAUAUAAGCCCCAAAGAAAGGUAUCCAGUAAUGACAAAAGCUUUGCAGAAUUCAGGAAGGCCCAUUUUUUAUUCUCUAUGUGAAUGGGGCCAAGAGGAUCCUGCAACAUGGGCACAUGGAGUUGGCAAUAGCUGGAGGACGACCGGAGAUAUUUCUGAUAGUUGGGAUAGCAUGACUAGUCGGGCAGACCAAAAUGACAAAUGGGCAGCUUAUGCAAAAUCGGGCGGAUGGAACGAUCCUGACAUGUUGGAAGUUGGUAAUGGAGGAAUGACAACAGAGGAAUAUCGUUCACAUUUUAGCAUUUGGGCACUAGCAAAAGCACCUCUACUUGUUGGUUGUGACAUACGAUCUAUGAGCAAAGAAACAUAUGAAAUUCUUAGCAAUAAAGAAGUCAUUGCUGUGAAUCAAGAUCCACUUGGAGUUCAAGGGAAAAAGGUAAAGAAGGACGGCGAUUUGGAGGUGUGGGCUGGCCCACUUGCACAUAACAAAGUAGUUGUAAUUCUAUGGAAUAGAGGAGGGUCAACAAGGGAAAUUACUGCUUAUUGGUCAGAUAUUGGGCUCAAAUCAUCGACAGUUGUAAAGGCUCGUGACUUGUGGGCUCAUUCGACAAGAAAAUCAGUGAAGGAACAUAUCUCAGCAAGAGUAGAAUCCCAUGCUUGUAGAAUGUACGUUCUUACUCCACAAUAA